AUGUCUAGAGCGUGGUUUAAGCGUCUCACGGUCUUGGUAUCCGUGCUCGCAAUCAUUGGUAAUGUAUACAUCUUUACCUACCCGUCUUUGAACCCACAAAAAUGCUCAUGGCGAUGUGCCAGUCAGAAAGUGAGCAUUGACGCUACAGACGCGUUGCCCUUGGUUGAAAAGGCCGCGAUUAAGGCUCGUCAGUAUGUUGACGACGUUUGGAGUCAAAUUGGACCCAAAAGGAAGGUGGAAAGAAGCUCAAGAAAGGGUCUACCCUCCGAUGUGCAUCUCCUGGCAUUAGGAGAUCCGCAGAUAAAGGGCAUCUGGAAAUCUACUCCAUAUAUGAGCAGACUGGAUACCUACGGCAAUGACUACUAUUUGGGCCACAUCUUCAGGAUGAUGAAAAAGAGAUUGAAGCCCAGCCAUGUUGCGGUGAUGGGAGAUUUGUUUUCGUCACAAUGGAUUGGCGAUUCUGAGUUUUACAACCGAACAAUGCGUUACACAAGCCGUAUCUUCCAACGUAACACAACAUGGCUGCAAGACAUCUUGAAACAUAGCCAUGACGCUAGUGGACUGUACACUGUUGAUUGGACGGCUUUUGCGGAUGACCUGGGGGAGCGAUUGAAAAAGGACCCCAAGGAAUUUGAGUUCGGAUACAGCGAUGUGAAAAGCUGGGAUUCAGCCAACGACGACUAUCUCUUUAUCAAUCUGACCGGUAACCAUGACGUUGGAUAUUCAGGGGACGCUACGUACCAGCACAUGGCACGUUUUCAAGAGCUUUUUGGCAAGGACAACUACUGGGUCGAAUACGACCGCGACACAGAGCAUCCAUGGCGAAUUGUCGUUUUAAAUUCGAUGUUAUUGGAGGGCCCAGCGCUACAGCCGCAGCUGAUGGAGAAAACAUGGGAGUUUCUCUAUCGUCUUUUCGAGCAACGGUUUGAAGGUAGCACAGUGUUGCUGACACACGUACCCUUCUACAAGACACCAGGACUUUGUGCAGACGAGGAACUUUUCCGUUAUUAUCCCAGCGACUACGAGCGCGAGCCUUACAAACAGAACUUAUUACGGUCUCAGAAUCAUUUGAGUCAGGACGCAACGAAGCGAGUUCUAAACCUAAUUUUUGAUAACAAUAAGCCUGGCGUAAUCUUGACGGGUCACGACCAUGAAGGUUGCGAGACCUGGUACAACAAGGAUUCCAAAUCUGGCGACUGGACUGCUUCAAAAACGGUUCAGGCCUCGACAGAUUUGCAUAUUCGCGAAAUAACUGUGCGGUCCAUGAUGGGCGAGUUUGACGGCAACGCUGGUCUGCUCACUGGCCACUUCAACCCACGCACAAAGCUGUGGGAAUGGUCCUUUUCGUUGUGUCCGUUUUCCAUCCAGCACGUGUGGUGGUUCACCAAAGUUGUUACCAUCUUGAGCGGUCUAUUUUGGUCGAUACUGGUUUUAGUGUAA